UCAGAAGAGGACCUCAUGCACCACAUGAGCCAAAACACAAUAUUCGGAUGUUCAACAGCCGGCCACAGCGGUAUUAACCAACUGGGGGGUGUCUAUGUCAACGGCAGGCCCCUUCCCGACUCUACCCGCCAAAAAAUUGUUGAACUUGCUCAUUCGGGUGCCAGGCCCUGUGACAUAUCCAGAAUCCUUCAAGUGUCCAACGGAUGCGUUUCCAAAAUCCUCGGCAGGUACUAUGAAACAGGCUCAAUCAAACCGAGGGCGAUAGGAGGUUCGAAGCCGAGGGUGGCGACGACGCCGGUGGUGAAUAAGAUUGCUGAGUUCAAGAGGGAGUGUCCCUCUAUUUUUGCUUGGGAGAUAAGGGACAGAUUGCUCUCAGAAGGCGUUUGCAAUAAUGAUAAUAUUCCCAGUGUUUCGUCUAUAAAUCGAGUUCUCAGAAAUUUGGCAUCGCAAAAAGAACAGCAGGCUUCCGCACAGAAUGAAUCAGUUUAUGACAAAUUGAGAAUGUUCAACGGACAGACUCCAGGUUGGGCCUGGUAUCCAGGAACUCCAACAGCUCCCCAUCUUGGCCUUCCCCCAACGCCAACUGCUCUCACCAGCCAAAUCUCAAGGGAUGAUCUACAAAAACGAGCUGAUGUGAUGCACGAAAAUACUUCAGAUGGAAAUUCAGAGCACAACUCUUCGGGCGAUGAAGAUUCACAAUUGAGGCUGAGACUGAAAAGGAAGCUUCAGAGGAAUAGAACAUCUUUCACGAAUGAACAAAUUGACAGUUUGGAAAAAGAAUUUGAACGGACGCACUAUCCAGAUGUCUUUGCAAGGGAGCGGCUAGCCGAAAAAAUUGGAUUACCUGAGGCACGUAUCCAGGUUUGGUUCAGUAAUCGACGAGCCAAAUGGAGGAGAGAGGAGAAGCUACGGAAUCAGAGGCGGUCAGUGGAUCAUGUAGGGGCAGUGAGUCCUACUGCUUCAGCUGCACGUUUACCCAUCAACUCUGGUUUCAAUCCUAUGUACUCCUCGAUACCCCAACCCAUAGCUACGAUGGCAGACACAUACAGUUCGAUGCAGAAUGGUUUGUCGUCGAGUUGCCUGCAACAAAGGGAAGCAGCAGCCUACCCGUAUAUGUUCCAUGACCCUCUACAUUCCUUGAGCUCAUCAUAUAAUUCAAGAGGGUGUAAUCCGGCGGUUGCACAUGCACAGCCUACAACGCAUCCCACGUAUGCAUCAAAUACACCUUCCGUACCUGUAUCUGCUGGCACUGGUGUCAUAUCCGCCGGUGUGUCGGUGCCAGUUCAAAUCCCCAGCCAGUCCGCCGACCUCACGUCGAGUUACUGGCCUCGAAUUCAGUGAUCUCAGCUCUUCGGGUUUCCUCCACCGAGCUUGCUCGUGCCCCAGGAAAACCCGUCCCUGCAAGCGACCAUGACGCCCCCUAUCAUCAGCGCGCCGCCACCUGAAGAAGCCUCUUAAUUGAGGAUGGUGACAUCUCUGCUUUACCCACGCUUCGACAGGUAACUGUUGCCCACAACGCGAUUGAAUCUCGCGGCUUCGUCAGCCGGACUGCAGGGUACUCUGUGCAUAGUGUAAAUAUUUGAGGGGAGUUUGAAUUUGUGGACGGCGAACUCUGUUGCCAAGGUAAUCAACAAGUGAGGGCAAUAUAUGUAAAUACUUUGUAUAGUUCUUUAAACGAAUGUUCUCUGUAAAUUUUGCAAUAAUUUGUCGACGAGACUCGAUUAGGAAACUUAAGAGACCUUUAGUUGGAGUUUCGACUUGGGAAUUUUGAAUAAGGGUGGCCAUUUCUUAAUAUUUUAGCUGUCCUCACAAUGUAUAGGACAUCGUUCCAUCAAUUUAGAUGAACU